AUGUCGGCUACCCUGGAGGGGUUGGCCGCACAAAUUCAAGAGCUGACUCAGGGCCUGCAAAGAGCCAACAUAGCCUAUGAGCAGCAGCAAAAGAGGGCAGCAGAGGCCGAAGCUAGAUUGGCAGCAGCCGAAAAUGUUAUACAAGGACAACAAGCAGCAGCAGCGGCAGCAGCAACAACAGCAAGCACUGAAAAGAAAGAAAAGGAUUUGAUUCACCCUAGCCAUGUCCCGAAACAACACACGUUCAACGGCAAGAAAGAAGAGUGGGAAAAGUUCAAGCAUGUGUUUGUAGCAUGGUCUAGCACAGUGCAUGAAAGGUACCCUGAGCUUUUGGAAAGGUUUGGUAGCAGCAAGGACCCGGUGGAUGAGACCGCAUUCACCUCUGAGGAGAGUCGUUUAGCUAAGGCUAUGUACACGUUUCUCAUUCAGUACUGUCCUGAGCCUACCAUGAAUGUCAUAGGACAAGGGCUUAGGGAUGCCAAUGGGUUUGAGGUUUGGAGAAGACUGGUUCUUUUGAGUGAGCCAGCUCACCGGACCAAGGCGUGGGUUUGGAGAAGACACCUAGCAAAUCCUACCUUCCCAAGUGACAUCUCGCAGUGGAGCACAGCACUCCAUCAGUGGGAAGCUGAGCUUAGGGAGUUUGAGCGUACAUACAAAACUGUUUUCUCACAAGAUGAGAAGGUGUCGAUCUUAGCCCAUGUUGCGCCCAAAGAGUUGCAGCAAAGCAUUUUCAUGCACAGUGAUGCCUUGGACAGUUAUGAGAAGGUUAGGGAGUAUGUCGAACAAUAUUUGAUCAACCGCAACCUGUGGAAGAGACCUCAAGGGUCACAGUUCGGACUCACCAAGGUGACCAACAACGCGGCAGAAAAUCCGUAUGACGAUGGAGGCCCUAGGCCUAUGGACAUUGGCGGCGUCAAGGGUGAGAAAGGAAAAGGAAAAGACGGGAAACGAGAAGGAAAAGGGAAAGACGGUUGGAACAACAAAGGAAAGGAGAAAGGAAAGUGGAGCAACAAAGGAAGUUGGGACAACAAAGACCACAAAGGAAAAGGGAAAGAUGGAAAGAAAGGAAAGGAAGGAAAAGGAAAGUCGUCGGACAGCAAAGGAGGUAAAGGAAAGCAACAGGAAGGAAAAGGAAAAGGCAGCAAUCCACAUGCUGGAAAACAGUGCCACAUAUGCCACAGACAUGGACGCAUCGCAGCUGAUUGCUGGUGGAAACUUGGUGCGGUGGACAACGAAGCGGCAACAGACACAGGAGGGACAGGUGGUUCAAGCGGCACCAAGGAGCAGGCCAGCGGCAGCACAGCGGUGGGUUCAGUGUUUGAGGGUGCGCAGCGCAUUGUCAAGUGGAGUGAUGAGGAUGUGAUUUUCACAAUUGGUGACAGUGUGGUGUCUGCAGUUGGGCCAGAACAGCUUGGUUGCAGGUACCUGUUGGUUGACUCAGGAGCAUGUGAGAGUGUUGCCAAGAAGGGUGACUUCAAAGCAGAAGUUGACAGACGCAUAGCGCCCAUAGGUGAUGAACCAGACCGCGGACCGGUUGAGCCUGACAGGUGGAAGAGAGAGAUGAAGGAUGGGGUGGAGUACCUCAUUCGUGAGCACAACAAUCCUCGGAAGCGGCUUUUCGCUCCAAAAGUCAAGGAUCUCCCAGUGCCACUGGAGAGGAUCGAGAGCGGGAGGCUCACAAAGAUGAUCUUCGAGGAGGAUGGUUCUCAAAGAGAGGAUCGCAGUAUGUGGGAAGACAAAAGGUAUGCCAUGAGAGAAAUAAAGCACCAACGGCUUGGCGAAACUUGGUUCAGGUUGAAGCCUGAAAGAAGUGAGGAACCGGGAGCCGCCAUGGAAGAGCAACCCAACAAUGCAGAUGAGUGGAUGCUAGGCCUAGAUGAGGCCUAUGAAGAAGAAAUUCUAGCAGAAGAAGAAGCACACGAAAGGAUUGUUGAGGAUGAUGAGAACGCAGACGAUCGCGUCAUGAUCGAUGGCGACGAGGAGGACGAGAAGAAGGCGAAAGCGAUCAAGGCACCAAAGGAGCCCACGGCGGAAGAGGUGGAGCAACGCAACCUUCACCACGCCAACUUUGAAAGUUGGUGUCCUGUCUGUGUGAUGGGACAAGGAAGGAGCAAGCAGCACAGGAGGGUCAAAGAAGAUCCAAAGGAGCAUGUGAUCUAUUCGGACUACAUGUUCCUCUCCAAGGAGGGAGUUGAAGUGAGCAAAGAAGAAGGGGAGAAGAAGAAAGCUGGUUUGGUGACAGUUUUGACUGCCAUAUGCAAAGACAGCCAGUACCCUUUUGCUCUGGUCCUGCCGUCGAAGGCUAGUGUGGACUAUGCGUGCAAGGCGAUGGAAAGCUGGAUAAAGGACCUCAAGUGGGACAAAGUGGUCAUCCAGUUUGAUCAGGAAAGUGCGUUGAACAAGAUUUACGAGAAGACAAAAGCAAAUAUGGGUGACACCGUAAGUUUGCGGAGAUCACCGAGAUAUAGCUCGCAAUCCUUGGCAGAUGGAGAGAUGGUCAAUGGUUUGAUCGCGGGCAAGGUGAGAACUUGGCUUGCGGAGGUGUCAGAGAAGUACAAGAUCAAG